AUGCAGUUAAUACAUAGUGCAAGUGUUCAUAUCGAUCUUACUUUGAAAGAGAUAAAUAGAGGGAGAGAGAGAGAGAGAGAGAGAGACAUAUAUAGAGAUCUAAUUUAAGGUAACAAUAAUGGCGCCGCAGUACAGCAACGAGAAUAAUGGCAGCAGGGUUCCGGUGGUGGUGGUGCAUCACGGGAACCUGACAACGUCGCAUGCCGACGGGCACGGCAGUCUGCUCCGGAAGGACCCUUACGGGACCCCCGUGGAAAGGGCGGCGGCGGUGGCGGCGGGCGCCGGGCAUGAGCACCGCCACGGCAUUCUGCACCGCUCCGGCAGCUCCAGCUCCAGCUCCAGCUCGUCAUCGUCAUCGUCGGAGGGCGGCGGGCAAGGCAGGGGAAGGAAGAAUAGCAGCCUGAAGAGCAAGAUCAAGGAGAAGCUGCCCGGAGGCCGCAAGAACGGCGUCGGACACGCCGCGAAGCCGAGCGGUGGCGUCGAACACACGGAGGCGUGGGGUACGACGACGACGACGACUACAGCGACCGCCAACGGAGGGCCUCGGGAGAAGAAGGGCUUCAUGGAGAAGAUCAAGGAGAAGCUCCCUGGCCACAACUGAAAACACACAUGAGAUCAGUAUAUGCAUGCGUAGUGCAUAUACAUAUCUAUAUGUAUCAGCUUAAUUAGUUUCCUGGAAUGUAGUAUAUAUAUGUAUGUUUGUGUGUGUGCAAUGGAAUAAAGUUGUAGUAAGUGUAAUGCAAUAAAGGAUGAGCGUUGUAGUAAUUAAAUGGCAAUAGAAAAUGACUCUCUUGGGUUGGUUUAUUGAGGAA